ACUUUGGUUGCGUCGUUUGCCGGUUGUUCCCGGUCGUUCCCGGUGGUUCCUCCCCAAUUCCUCGCACCCAAGAUUGCCCCAAGGGAGCCAUUAUUUUUUUCAACGAUCAAUUAUUCACAUUGCAAUAAGUGAUAAUGUUCGAGGCACGUUUGAUACAGAGUUCAAUCCUCAAGAAGGUUUUAGAUGCAGUUAAAGAUCUGCUGAAUGAGGCUACCUUCGAAUGCUCGGAUUCAGGUAUUCAGGUACAAGCCAUGGAUAACGCCCAUGUAUCCCUUGUAGCCUUGAACCUCAGGAGUGAUGGAUUCGAUAAAUACAGAUGUGAUCGUAAUCUAUCAAUGGGCAUGUCAAUUGCAACCAUGUCGAAAAUUUUGAAAUGUGCCGGACCGGAGGAUACCGUUACUUUAAGGGCUGCCGAUAAUCCUGAUACUGUGGCAUUUAUUUUUGAGUCAUCGAACAAAGAAAAGCUCGCCGAAUAUGAGAUGAAGCUCAUUAACAUGGAUCAAGAGCAUCUUGGAAUACCGGAAACAUUUUACUCUUGUGUCGUAAAAAUGUCGUCCCACGAGUUUGCUAGAAUUGUUCGUGAUCUCUCUCAAUUUGGUGAAAAUAUCACGAUAGCGUGCACUAAGGAGGGAGUUAAGUUUACAGCCAUUGGAGACUCUGGAUCAGCCAAUGUUAAGCUGGCACAAACUGCGGAUGCAUCAGAAGAAAAUGACGCUGUGAUAAUCGAGAUGCAGGAGUCAGUGAAACUGUCUUUCUCCUGUCGUUACUUAACUUGCUUUGUAAAAGCAACUCCGCUGUGUUCUCAAGUCCAGCUCUCUAUAUCCAAUGACGUGCCCCUCGUCUGUGAGUACAAAAUCGGCGACAUCGGUCAAAUCAGAUAUUACUUGGCUCCCAAGAUCGAUGACGAGGAUGACAAUGCAUAAAUACACCACAUUGUAAAAUGUGCCUAAAAAUCUUGGACUGUCAUGGAAAAUCAUCGAUUCACACAUCAUUAGAAUGAUUUUUCUCAUUUUCCGAUCGAUGAAAAAUCGUUGAAUAAAUAAACGUGCCUUGAUAUCAGUAAAAAUUCA